AGCUCAAAAAUCAAAAUCCUAUCCCCUCUGCUCCUUCACCAAAAAUGGAGUCCCUCCUUCUUACCUCUUCACCUGAUAUCGGGAAGUUGCUCAGCUCCUCUUCCUCCUCUUCUUGUAAAUGUUAUCCUUCAGUUUCAGCAAGUGGGCACCCUUCUUUCUUCCUAUAUUUUCCCCACAAGAACAACCGAAUUCCCUCUGUUAUUGUUUCAGCAUCAAACAAGAAGAAGAAGAAAUCUGACUCCCACAGCUUUAUUCCUAAACCUGAUGAAGCCACUGGUCCUUUUCCCGAAGCUGUGCUCCUUAGAGAGAGGAAGGUCCAAGAAGAUGGUAGACUUGUACCUGAGUUUGCAGAUGCUGAAGAGGAGGAACUGUUUGAGGCUCUAAAUCUGCAGUUGGAAAGUGAUCUGAAUGUGGAACAGAUGCGACACUAUGAAGUGGUGUAUCUGAUUCAUGAGGAUCGUGAAGAUGAGGUUGAGAGUGUGAAUGCUAAUGUUCAAGAAUUUUUGAAAGAGAAGAAAGGGAGGUUGUGGAGAUUCAGUGAUUGGGGUAUGCGUAGACUGGCAUAUAAGAUUCAGAAAGCAUCACGAGCUCAUUACAUUUUGAUGAAUUUUGAGUUGGAAGCCAAAUGGAUUAAUGAUUUCAAGAGCAUGCUUGACAAAGAUGAGAGAGUCAUUCGACAUCUUGUGAUGAAGCGGGACAAGGCAGAAACAGAGGAUUGUCCUCCACCUCCCGAGUUCCAUACCACGGGUGCUGGUACAGAUGAUGAAAAUGAAGAGGAUAUGGAUGAUUAUGAUGAUGACAAUUUCGAGGGUGAGGAUGAUAUAGAUAUGGAAUUUAAUGAUGAUGAUUAUACAGAUGGUGUUAUUCUUGUGGAUGUUGACGACGAUGUAGAUGAUAGGAACAGUAGAAACCGUCGACAAAUUGAUACACACAAGACGGGGAAAAGGAAAGUGAGUGUGUGAAAACUAAUUGAAUUUAUUUUGUUCACUAUCUUAGAAUUUUGAUUACUUUUAAGUUCACUAUUAGAUCAUCUAUCAACCACGAGAUAAAAGCUG